AUGGCUCCAAAGUACGAUCUCACGGAUGAAGAGCUCAACAAGUUGGCUCGCCUAGCGGCCGAAGCCAAGACAACUGCAUACUGUCCCUACUCAAACUUUCGCGUCGGUGCCGCGCUCCUACUUCGUUGCGGCGUACAUACUGGCACCAUCGCCAGCACCAUCGCUCCCAGCAAAUCACGGAUUCAGGCCCACACACUCACCAACCCACACAGGACACAGCGCCUACCACACAGCGCCAACGUCGAAGUAGCCGCAACGCCAGUCGGCAUCUGCGCCGAGCGCUGCGCCUUGGCCCCCGUGGUCGCCUCCUUCGCCAACCCCCGCCCUUCCAUGCCCGUCAUUCGCGCACUAGCAGUCAGCACGGACAUCGAUCCGCCAGCUUCCCCUUGCGGGAUGUGUCGGCAGUUCAUCCGGGAGUUCUGUGGGGACGGGAUGCGGGUGUGGAUGUAUGGGAAGAAAGCUGAGGAGGGUAAGGGAGGGGUGGAGGCGAUGGGGGAAAGGGGUGUGAGUCUGACGGUGAAGGAGUUGUUGCCUAUGAGUUUUGGGCCGGGUGAUAUGGACAAGCGGGAGAACAAAUCUACGCCGAAGAUUGGCUGA